CCGCCUCAGCUGAGAGCCUUAUCAGCGCCCAGCAGAAGCAGGAGGGGCCGGGCUGGGCCCCGUUUAGGCGGGCCGCGCUCUAUGGGGCAGCGCCGGCGGCGCAGCCUGUGAGGAGGCGCCGCUUUGCUCUCUCCCGCCGGGCGCCGCAGCAAGGAAGCAGCAACAGCAAGCAGCCGCCACCUCCGCGCGGCCCCCGGCCAUUUGCUCCAUGGCAGGCUUGCUUCCCCGCCUCCCUCUGCUGCUGCUGUGGCGCCAGCAGCGGCGCCGGCGCCUGCAUUGCUGGCCCUGGACUCCGGCUCCUCUCAGAGGCGCGGCGGCGGCCGGUGGCGGCGGCGGGUGGGCCGCGUCGCCCUCGGCGGGCAGGUGGCAGGACGCUGCUGUUCCUUCGCCCGGCUCCCUGCACUCGGCUCCCAGCUCCGCCGCGUCCUCGUGGGCGGCCUCGGCGGGGACCUCACGGAAGAAGGCGGGCGAUCCCCCGGGAGCCGCGCUUCCCCCGGCUGCCGGGCCCGCCGCCGAGGUCUCGGACGCCAAGAGGCUCCUGGCCUUGGCGUAUCCCGAGCGCUGGAGACUGACAGCUGCUGUUGGCUUUCUGACAGUUUCCAGUGUCAUCACAAUGUCUGCCCCUUUUUUCUUGGGGAAAGUAAUUGAUGUCAUCUACACAAAUCCCACUGGUGAACUUGCUGACAACCUAACCAACCUCUGUGCCUUGCUGAGUGGAAUAUUUUUAUGUGGUGCUGCUGCCAAUGCAAUCCGUGUCUACCUCAUGCAGAUUGCAGGACAAAGAAUUGUGAAACGGCUGAGAGCAACAAUGUUUUCCUCUCUCUUGAAACAAGAAGUAGCUUUUUUUGACAAAACCAGCACUGGAGAGCUGAUUAAUCGCUUAUCUUCAGACACUGCACUCUUGGGUCGUUCAGUCACCGAAAACCUUUCUGAUGGGCUAAGAGCUGGCGCUCAGGCUUCAGUUGCAGUUGGGAUGAUGUUUUUUGUGUCUCCCAAACUUGCCACAUUUGUUCUGAGUGUGGUGCCACCUCUGGCUUUUGUGGCUGUUAUUUACGGAAGAUAUUUACGAAAACUGACUAGAAUGACACAGGAUUCCCUUGCAGAAUCAACACAGUUAGCAGAAGAACGGAUUGGAAAUUUGAGAACAGUUCGAGCUUUUGGGCAAGAAUUGAAAGAAAUGGAGAAAUACAGGAGCAAAGUUGACCAUGUGUUACAGUUAGCCAAAAAGGAAGCGUUGGCUCGAGCAGGAUUCUUUGGAGCAACUGGGCUAUCUGGGAAUUUGAUUGUGCUCUCUGUUCUGUACAAAGGAGGAUUACUGAUGGGCAGUGCCCACAUGACUAUUGGUGAACUGUCUUCUUUCUUAAUGUACGCCUUCUGGGUUGGCAUAAGCAUUGGAGGUUUAAGCUCUUUCUAUUCUGAGCUUAUGAAAGGAUUAGGUGCAGGAGGGCGUCUGUGGGAACUUAUGGAUCGAAAGCCACAACUUCCUUUUAAUGAGGGAAUGGUAUUAAACCAGGAUGCUUUCAAAGGUGCUCUGGAGUUCAGAAAUAUCCAGUUUGCAUAUCCAGCACGUCCAGAAGCAUUGGUUUUUCAGGACUUUACCCUUAGCAUCCCAUCGGGCUCUGUGAUGGCAUUGGUUGGCCCAAGUGGCUCUGGCAAAUCAACUGUUGUCUCUCUCCUGCUUAGGCUUUAUGAUCCAAUCUCAGGAAGCAUCACUGUCGAUGGUGUUGAUGUUCGUCAGUUAAAUCCACUCUGGUUCAGGAAUAGAAUCGGAACAGUAAGUCAGGAACCAGUUCUUUUCUCAUGCUCUAUUGCUGAAAACAUUGCCUAUGGUGCAGAGGACCCUUCUACAGUAACUACUGAAGAAAUUGAGAGAGUUGCUGAGAUAGCAAAUGCUGCUAGUUUUAUCCAAAACUUUCCAAACGGAUUCCACACUUUAGUGGGGGAGAAAGGUGUUCUUCUUUCAGGUGGGCAGAAGCAACGGAUUGCAAUUGCUCGAGCUCUUCUCAAGAAUCCAAAAAUUCUUCUUCUUGAUGAAGCAACGAGUGCUUUGGAUGCUGAGAAUGAAUAUCUUGUCCAAGAAGCACUAGAUCGGCUCAUGGAAGGGAGAACUGUCCUCAUUAUUGCUCAUCGUCUGUCCACCAUUCAGAAUGCUAAUUCUGUUGCAGUUCUUGACCAAGGUAGAAUUAUUGAGUGUGGAAAGCACGAAACACUGCUUGCAAACCCAGAUGGACUUUUCAGCAAACUAAUGAAGAAACAGUCUUUUAUCCAGUCUCCUGAAAGUUUUGCAUUAAAUGUGAAAUCCUGAAAGAAAAAUAUUUUUUAAAAUUAUGAAAGAGUAUGGAAAUGUAUCACAUUUCCAAGAAUUUUAAAUUAUGUUUCAGUUUAUGUACAAUAAAUGUUAUAUAUAUUU